AUGGCCAAGGAUGACAUCACACUGAUGCCACUUGAUGGCACAACAGACUCCGACGUGGCACCGAUGGACGGCUCAGCAAAGCCUGACUCCACUGUGGCUGGAGACAUAACCGGCACUGACACCGAGAUCGUGGCCAAGGCUGACAUCACACCAGUGCCGAUUGAUGGCACUUCAGGCUCAGCCACAGAACUGAUGGAUGGGACAGAAACCCCUGAGACUGCCUUGACCGCUGAUACAGUCAAUGAUAAAACAGAACCAACUGAUCUCAUGGCGAAUGAUGAUGUCACAACUGAGAGCAUCGAAAAGGCUGACACCACGCCCACUCAGAGUGUCCCUGAUGCUCCCCAUCUGGAAAUUUUUGAGGAGAAAGGUGUCUCCAGAAUGAAGGAAGUGCCGGCCAUUGUGAGAUCCAUCCACCAGCGCCUCACAUCCCACAUGUCUCCAGAUGUCAGGAUGCACACUGACAUCCGCAGGCUGGCUGAGGCACACCCUCGUGAGAUGGUGACAACUCUUCUGUGCUGUGCCCCAGCAUGUGACAGAGCUGCUGCAGUGAUGUGGAGCAGCAUCGCCUCCUCAAGAACAGCAACGGAGAAGGUGCUGCCCACACUGCUUGGAGCAAUGGAUGACUGGCCAGUGCACGGCAUGUUCUCCUCUGAUAGCAACAACACACACGUCUCUUCCCUGGCUGCCUUGGGCUCCAAAUGUGACUGGGGGCCGGUUCAGGGGCACCAGGCUGGCUGCUUCCCCUGGGACUCCCCUGGCCUCUCCCUCCCACGCUCGAGCCCUGCCACAUGGACAUCUCACACUGAGCACUGUCUCUAUGUGGCUUUAUUGCAGGCAACCCUGGCACUGCGGCUCAUCAUCCAGGAGCCCAAGUGCCAAGAUGCAGUUUUCAAUUAUGUCCCCCAUCUUCUUGUGGCUUUGCUCAUCCAAAUUUCCAUGAGCACAGACCAGAUGCCAGAAGAGGUCAAUGCUUUCUGGAGGGGAUGCCAGGAGGAACAUGGCCUUCCCGCCAACCCCAACAGGUUUGCAGUACAGACCCUGAAGGCUCUGCUCUGCUGCCUGCACUGGGAGAAUGAGGUGGUGGCCAUUGAACGGAAGCGUGGCUGGGAGACACUUCUUUAUUCUGACACCCAUUACUAUGCAGUGGGGCUGCUGGCCAGGGAGAUGCGCCAAGUGUUGGUGCCCUUCCAUUCUGAGAUGGCAAUUCACCUGCUCGGGCUGCUCAACAGGGAGGAGCCCCUCUGGGAGCUCCCUGCCCUUGCGUUCUUUGUAGAGGUCCUGGACUAUCUGGAUGGGAGAAAGUGUCGUGAGAGUGUCCUGCCCAUCCUCUCAAGGAACCUGCAGAGCCAGUGCCCUGAGCGGCGGCGCCUGGCACUGAGAGGGCUCCUUGUUCUCAGUGUGGAUCCCUCGAUGGCCGAAAGCAUCUGCAGCCUGGCUGAAAGCCUCCUGGAGCUGCUGUAUCAGGCAGAUGGAGAGCUGGUCGAGAUGACCCUCUCUGUCUUCCUGAAUGUGCUCCGGAAUGGAGAUCUUCAGGCAUUUGGCUGCGCUGCUCCAAAGCUGGCUGAGACACUCCAGCCACUGUUUGACAAUGACAACAGCCAUGUGCAGCUGCUCUCCAUUCGCCUCUUCCAAGAGGUGAUGGAGUUGGUAGCGAAAGAGAGAAAGACGGAGGUGUGCCAGGUCAUGCUCCCAUUCUUCCACUGGGAUGAUGAGAAGCAGUGUGGGGCAGAGGUGCCAGCCAUUGUGAGGUACAUCCACCAGUGCCUCACCUUCCACCUGUCUCCAGAUGUCAGGCAGCACAUUGACAUCCGCAGGCUCGCUGACAGAAACCCUCAUGAGGUCCCCUGA